GACAAGGAGUAUUGCGUCGCGCCAAAAAUGCAAUCAAAACAUUCCGCACACUUCGCUGUUUCGAGACAGCAGCCUCUUGAGCAAUUUGGACGAACAGCAGUAUAAUAAACAGCAAAAUGCCGCCAGCACCAGCUUGUCCUGGCUCUCCUAUCCGACCAAAGACGCUCUCUAUAGUCAUAGCACCAUCCGCUCCAAAACCUCCCAGCACAGCUUCUAAGCCGUCCACACCCAUUGCACCAACAUCUCCAAGGAAUCCCUCGGCAGCUUUUCAAUAGCCUUUUCGAAGAUGCAGUUCACCAAGAUCAUCGCCGUGGUUGUUUCGCUCGCUGCUGGCUCAGCGGUCGCCAUGCCUGUACCACAGCUCCCAGGCCUAAGCGGCGGUGCUGAUUCUCUUUUGUCGCCUCUCAGCGGGCUGACCAGCGCCCUACCAUUGAAGGGCCUUGUACCGGUGAAGAAGGAAUGAAAGGGAUGAUUCGAUGAUGGGGGGAGCGAGUAGGAUUGAAGUGUUUCUUGGGACAUACACCGCGUUGGCACAUCGGAGUGAAAGCACUAAAUUCCCCAAUGCUGGAUUUCGAGGUCCACUUUCACUUGAUGUGUGUGUGUGUGGUGUAGGGUCUCUAUCACGUGCAUGAUGCCUGAGGCUGCAACUGCACACUUCAUCUUUGGGCUUUCUGUAGAUUAGCCCUCUUCUGAAUACAACAUCACUUACAUGUC